UUCACCGCCAGAACAGUACAACUUUGUCAUCUUUGGGGGAAUAGAUGGCUACUCAAGGAAGGUUAUGUAUCUAAAGGUAGCAGACAAUAACCGCUCUGACACACACUUGGCCUUUUUCACUGAAGCUGUCAAUGAGCAUGGUUUCCCUCUGAGAGUGAGAGGAGAUCAUGGAGGAGAAAACGUGGGAGUUGCUGAACUGAUGUAUAGAGUUCGUGGAACUGAAACCAACAGCUUCAUUGCUGGAAAAAGCGUGCAUAACCAACGAAUUGAGCGCCUCUGGCGUGAUGUGUUCAUGAGUGUUACAGGUGUAUAUUACAACGCCCUGCACACUCUAGAGGAUCAAUACUUGCUCGAUAUCAGCAACAUCCUGCACAUGUUCUGCUGCCACUACGUUUUCCUGCCACGUAUCCAGGCCAGCCUGAAUGUCUUCCAUGAGGCCUGGGAUAACCAUCCCAUUAGGACAGAGCAAAACCUGACACCAAAUCAGUUGUGGCAGGUGGGCCAGGCCUUGAAUCCCGUUGCAGAUCCUCUUCCUGAGGCUAUACUUGUACCAGAAGUCGAAUGGGAGGAGAGCGUCUACAUCAGUGAGCCACACCCUGGUGUCAAUGUCCCUGUGCUGGACAGCCCACUCUCAGAUGAAGAAAUGGUGCAACUUCAAGACGCCAUUGAACCAUUACAAUACUCUGAAAGUUUUGGAGUGGACAUUUAUGUCAACACAGUCCAGUUUGUUGAGAAUUUACUUGAGGCAAGAUAAAUAUAAAAUGAAAUAAUAAUUAUAAGAGUGUCUGAUAAAUGACUGAAAUGUAAAUAAUAAUCAUAAACAUAUCUUAAUGAAACUGCAUAGGUGGCUGUACAUAGAUAACUAUUAAACACCUGCUUGACGAUCAGAAAACAG